AUGGCUCUCGUUAUUAUGAAUCUUUUACUUAUUUUAUUCUCGGUAGCCUUUGCUCGUUCCGAUCAAACUAACAUGCCCCUCAAAUCCUUCAAGAUUGGCGAAAAUGUAACUUACGACUGCAUAGAUAUUUAUAAGCAACCAGGUCUUGAUCACCCUUUGCUCAAAAACCAUACGAUCCAGAUGAAACCAUCAAGGACUGAAUUAAAUAGUCAAACUGACAACAACAUCACACAACAAGGUAAAAUAAAAUGUCCCAAAGGAGCCAUUCCUCUAUUAAGAAAUACAAAAGAGUUCGUCACCAACGCUAACCUUUUCGGCGAGAAGUAUGUCCAUCCACAAUCAGAAGAUAGUAGAAUACAUGCUGGUCCAUUUCGUGGUGUACAAUCUUGGAUUUAUGGAGUUAACCUAAAAAUGGAAAAGGAUGAAGCCGCAUUUAGUCAAGUAUAUGUUGCCAGUUCGGUAAAGAACAAAGUCAAUUAUAUCUCUGCGGGGUAUAUGAUAAAUCCAGGCUUUAUUGGGGACGGACGUGUUUGGUCAUAUGGAUACUGGAAGACCAGUAUGCUACAGGCUAAGAGUUGGUACGGUAAAAUGGUACCGUCGUACUCGUCUAGGUAUCGCAAAUGUUGA